AGACGCAGCACGCUAGAAAAGGGCCCACGGAUUAAAAUGACAAAGAACAUUAAAGGUGAGAAGAGGGAAAAAUGGUGUUGCAAAAAGCCAAAGGCCAUGUGAGCAGUUGUCAAGCCGACACAAUCAUGCGCCGGUGCGUGUGGGCCGUCUUGCUCUGGCCCAACCUGUUGACCUCCAGCGUCCCACUGGACUGCAGGCAGGAGCAGGGCGGCGUCUCCCGCUGCUCCUCCAUCUCCCAGGAGAAACUUCUAGACCGAGUCAUCCAGCACGCUGAGCUCAUCUACCGCGUCUCGGAAGAAUCGUGCUCUUUGUAUGAGGAGACUUUUAUCCCGCUGCCGUUGCAGUUCCAGAGGAACCAAGCAGGCUACUCCUGCAGAACCUUACCCAUCCCCAGCUCCAGGAGUGAAGUCCAGCAGAUAUCCGACAAAUGGCUGCUCCACUCGGUGCUGAUGCUGGUGCAGUCGUGGCUGGAGCCUUUGGUCUACCUGCAGACCUCCCUGGAUCGCUACGACGCCGCUCCAGAAGUGAUCAUCAACAAGACCAAGUGGGUGUCUGAGAAGCUGAUCAGUCUGGAGCAAGGGGUGGUGGUCCUCAUCAAGGAGAUGUUGGACGAGGGCCUGUUAAACCUAAACCACAGCGAGGAAGCCCUGUUCCAGUACGACGUGCAGCCGGAGAUGGUGGAAUCCGUGAUGAAGGACUACACCUUACUCAGCUGCUUCAAGAAGGACGCCCAUAAAAUGGAGGCUUUCCUCAAGCUCCUCAAGUGUCGGCAAACCGAAAUAUACAACUGCUCAUAAGAUCCCCGCCGCAGCUUUUCAAUAAUGCGGCUUUAAAUGAGUUCUGGAGGUCGGAAGCCGCGCACUGGUGGAUGUGACCAUGCCUCUGGCGAUUCAGCCUUGCUUGCGAUGCAGUACAUUCUUUUAUUGAUUGUUUUGGAAUAGCUUCACAGAAAAAAGAAAAAAAAAAACUAAGUAGGUGUAAUGCUGUGCCCUUUGUACAGCAUAGUGCAUUUUUAUAUUUCCCCGCUCAGUUGUUAUUUUAACCUGGCAAAGGCAACAGAGGGCAAACUCCCAAAAGAUUAUCUGCGUGUCGAGCUGUCAAAAAAAUCUGCAUAUCCCGCCAUUGAUUUCCAUUUUUCUUUGUUCUUGACCAGAGAUUUUAUUCCUCGCCGGUUUCUUGCAGUGUUUUGAUUAUUUCCAGGGCCCCCAGAGUAUUCAGUGAGACGGUUUCACUUCUGCAUUAGUGAAAUGAAACACUUUCACCGGAGACGGGAGUCAAACUGAGAGCAAUCACUAUCUUUAAAAAUGAAAUGAAGAAGGAAAAAAAAAAACCUGCACGUUUUGAUUGGUGCUGGAGAGGAUGAGGGAGACGCAGUGAGAACAAAUAACAGCUAAAAUGGGAAGUGGGACUUAUGUGGAUAAAGAAUUAGAUUUGCUGAAUGCUCAUCAAAGAACCAAAACUAUUGCUGUGCCUAAUUUUACCUGCAUGUAAUAUAUACAAUUUUUAACGGAUGAGGGAAUUACAUUUUAAUAGUUUGAUUUUAAAAAGCCCAAAUGUGCCACCAGAACCUUUGUAAUUAGCUGCUGUUGAUGUAAGAUGCUAGUGAAGCAAAUGCAGAUUAAAAGAAAUGAAGAAGAAAAAAAA